CGACGGCGGCGGCUGCGGGUGCUGGCCUGCUCAAGGAAGGGCCGCCGCCGGGAUCUCCGAGCUAGGAGCGAACCCCGGAAGGGGGGGGGAGCGGGCUCCCCCUCGCGAUCGGCGGGGACAGCCAGUCCUGUGGAACAAGGAAGUGGUCCCGGAGGCCCAGCGACGCCCGGGAAGGAGCAGGAGCCGGGCGAAGGGCGGACAUGAGCGACCAGCUGAGUCCAGCCUCGGACCGCUAGGGGCGGACCCAGCAGCCCCUCCCCUUUCCUCGAAAUCUCGGAACCUAAGAGGAUGGAGCCAAACACCUGUAAGACCAGCGAAUCGGAGGAAGACUACGUUGAGGAAGAGGGAUCCGAGGAGGAAUGUGUUCAAGGGGAAACUACCAUCCCUUCUGACUCUUCUCAGCAGGAACUCUCAAAGGCUGACUGUAAAGAAUUUGGGGAUGGAGUUCCCUUAUCUAUUGUAGCCAAGAAAAUUCCAAAGAAAAUCAUAGCUCCAACUGACUCAGAUGACUUAGAAGUUGGGAGGAGAAAGAGAAGGCGGAAACGCAGACCCCUGGCCAUCAACCUGACCAACUGCAAGUAUGAGAGCGUGCGUCGGGCAGCCCAAAUGUGUGGCCUGAAGGAGGUGGGGGAGGACGAAGAGUGGACUGUGUACUGGACAGACUGCUCUGUCUCCCUGGAACGAGUCACGGACAUGAAGAGGUUUCAGAAAAUCAAUCACUUCCCGGGCAUGACGGAAAUCUGCCGCAAAGACCUGCUGGCUCGGAACCUCAACCGCAUGCAGAAACUCUAUCCCGCCGAGUACAACAUCUUCCCCCGCACCUGGUGCCUCCCUGCAGACUUUGGGGACUUCCAGUCCUAUGGUCAUCAGCGAAAAACCCGCACUUACAUCUGCAAGCCGGAUAGUGGCUGCCAGGGACGAGGCAUCUUCAUCACCCGAAAUCCCCGGGAGAUCAAGCCAGGAGAGCAUAUGAUCUGCCAGCAAUACAUCUCCAAGCCCUUCCUCAUUGACGGCUUCAAGUUUGAUAUGCGAAUCUAUGUCCUGAUCACGUCCUGUGACCCUCUUCGGAUCUUCAUGUAUGAGGAGGGCCUGGCUCGCUUUGCCACUAUGCCCUACGUGGAGCCCAGCCACACCAACCUGGAUGACGUCUGCAUGCAUCUGACCAACUAUGCUAUCAACAAACACAAUGAGAAUUUUGUCCGAGAUGAUGCUGUGGGCAGUAAGAGGAAGCUGUCGACACUCAAUUCCUGGCUGCGAGAACACGGCUACGACCCCCGAGAGCUGUGGGGGGACAUUGAGGACAUCAUCAUCAAAACCAUCAUCUCAGCCCAUUCUGUUCUUCGCCACAACUACCGAUCCUGUUUUCCCCAAUAUCUGCGUGGAGGUACAUGUGCCUGUUUUGAGAUCCUUGGUUUUGACAUCUUGCUGGACCACAACCUGAAGCCCUGGCUGCUGGAGGUAAACCACUCUCCAAGCUUCACCACCGACUCCUGCCUUGAUCGAGAAGUGAAGGAUGCACUUCUCUGUGAUACCAUGACCCUUGUCAACCUCCGUGGCUGUGACAAAAGGAAGGUGAUGGAGGAGGACAAGCGACGAGUCAAGGAGCGGCUUUUCCAGUGCCACCAGCAGCCACGGGAAGCCAGGUGCUGCAGGCGAGAACAAAUUGAGUCGUCCCACGCAGCAAUACUGGACCAGGAGCGCUAUGAGGAUUCCCACCUUGGGGGAUACCGGCGGAUCUACCCUAGGCCCGACACGGAGAAGUACGCACCUUUCUUUAAGCACAAUGGCUCCCUCUUCCAAGAGACUGCUGCUUCCAAGGCCAGAGAGGAGUGUGCCAGGCAGCAACUGGAAGAGAUCCGCCUUAAGCAGGAACAGCAGGAGACCUCAGGCAGUAAGAGGCGAAAGGGAAACAGGGACCAGAACCAGGGUGAAUCAGCAGGAGAGAAGAGCCGAUCCAGGGCCAGGCUCCGGGGACUUUCCACCCGCUUGGUUUAUAGGAACCGGACCCGGGAGAAAGAGCUGCUACCAGUACACCUGGACACCAUGCAUCCUCAAGAAAUUGUGGAAGAGGAGGAGCUGGAGCGAAUGAAGGCCCUGCUACAAAGGGAGAAUCUCAUCCGAAGCCUGGGUAUUGUAGAGCAGCUCACGCGCAUGCUGCACCCCAGCCACCAGGGCCAGAAAAAACUUCAUGAGUAUCGGCCUAGAUUUCACCAGGACGGGCUGGGCAGUCAAGAACUGCCAUCUGUGAGUCUGGUCCCAUUGGUCCUCCUGAGAGGGGCUGCCAAAAAGCAGGGCCCUCCUCAUUUCCUGCAUCCAGUUCGGGCCCACGAGUUGAUCCCCAGGAUCUUAGGGCCACUGCCAACCAUGAAUGCUGCAAUUCCACAUCAUUCCUGGUGCCACCUACAGCCAAAAAACUUCAACUGGAUAGGAGAUCCAGCAGCCAUCGGCCCCUGUUCACUGUCAAUGAAGACAUCUGGAAGGCGCUAUUUUUCCAGUGCCAGAGUCAGGCUCACUAGCCAAGGCCAAGCCAGCAGAAGGCUAGAAGCCAUAAACAGAGCCCUGGCAGGAUCAGUGCCAUCCUCUUUAACCCCAAAGCAGGGCUAUCUUCUGCAACCAGAAAAAGUGGCAAGUGGCUCAUGGACUGAUUGCGCCUUGCCCUCCGCGGCAGACUCUGAACACAGAGCACCCAAGACCCAGGAUCUCACUCUCUGCCCUGCCUCUGCACCCCUGAUGCUGCGAACCACCGCCCUCCUUGACAUCAGCCACCACAGGUAAAUGCAGAAUGGAAGCCCAGCGCUCAACCUCUCCUGGAGAGCCCCCUCAGGUUUCCAAAGGGGCAGAGGGCCUUCAAUCGUUGCUAAAUGAAAGACUGCCACCAAGCUUCAGUUGGAAAAGGCCUGGCCAGGAACCCUGUUUGCACAAGGCAAAACACGCAGACGCCAAGAAUUCCUCAAUACCCUAAGACUAUUUUCAGAUCCGUAAAGACUAAAAGAUGAAGAGGAGCCCAGGUCGGCCAUGCCCUCAUCCUCGGCCUCCAAACCUUAGCCUGGAUUUAUUGCUAGGUGAUGGGUCUGAACCCCGAGUGCGGGGAGGUCAUGCAGGCGAAAAGGAGACCCCUUCCCAGAGGAGCGAGGGUUCAAGGCGAGAGGCUGUCGCCACCAAAGGACCGCCGAGGGGACGCCCUUUCCGCCGCCGUGGCGGAGACAGGCCGGCCUGGGCAGCCGUUGGGGCGCAGGGGCGGCUUUUGGCAAAUGAAUCCGUCUUUUUAUUAAAGUUUAUGGCGUUUUGCAGGAGCGUCCUCUACCUCAUUCCGGCCCUUGCUUUUCAAGCUCAAUACUCUCCACAUUCACAACCAGAAGUGUAGACCGCGCACGGGUUCAAGCCCAAAUACCCUGCCCUCGGCCGGAAGCCG